CACACACACACACACACACACAGCAUUACCAUGGUAGUUAGAAGAAAAAGCAAGCAGAGAAAGGUAGAGAGCUGCACACUGUUGAGCACACAGUCGCAGAUGCAAAACACGCCUGGCCUUGGAAACCUUUGAAAACAUGGUCCAGUGCCUCUGGUGACUGGUGGUCAGCGCACGUCUGCACAGUGGGGAACUUUGGGAUUACUCCCCGAGGGCCCCUAGAAACGGGGCGCUGGGAUCGCAGCAGAAUGGAGGGAAGCAGAGAUAGUGCGAGUUGUGCGUGGCAUUAGCGGCGCUCUUGAUCAGUUGCCCUAGGGGUCCCCUGGGCCACGGGACGCAGUGACUCUAAGGAGGAGCGCGAGCGCCUCCCCGCUGCUCCCGCAGGCGGCGCCGGGGCCAACCCUCCCCGUCUGGGGUAGCGGGGCCACAGUCAAGGCCCGGACGCAAUCAGCUUUCCCCAGAAGACCUCACCGAGCGCGUGCCGCCUGGUGGCCGGACCCGGAUCCAAGACUAGCGAACCUCUGCAGCUCCGACUGCGGCAUCCAAGGCCAGGUGGCCGCAGGCCCGGCCUCCGCGGCUGCGCCGCUCCCCGGACCAUAAGUUUGUCUGGUGCUCUUCAAGUUCGGAGCGCGGAGCUUCUCCCGAGCGCCGAGAAGAGCGUCCUGCUUCUCGCUCCAGAGGCUAUGGGCAUGGCCCCGCCGGGGGCAGCGCCACACGUCUGGGGGUGGCUGCUGCUCGGCUGCUGCCUCCUCGCCGGAGCCCAGCUGGAUUCUGAUGGCACCAUUACUAUCGAAGAGCAGGUUGUCCUCGUGCUGAAAGCCAAAGCGCAGUGUGAACGCAACAUCACCGCUCAGCCCCAGGAAGGAGAGGGAAAUUGUCUUCCAGAAUGGGAUGGACUCGUUUGUUGGCCCAGAGGAAAAGUGGGGAAAAUGUCAGCUGUCCCAUGUCCUUCUUAUAUUUAUGACUUCAACCAUAAAGGCAUUGCUUUCCGACACUGUAACCUCAACGGAACAUGGGAUUUUAUGCACAGUUUAAAUAAAACCUGGGCUAAUUAUUCAGACUGCCUUCGCUUUCUUCAGCCAGAUAUCAGCAUAGGAAAGCAAGAAUUCUUCGAACGCCUCUACGUCAUGUACACUAUUGGAUAUUCCGUUUCCUUCGGUUCACUGGCUGUGGCUAUUCUCAUCAUUGGUUACUUCAGACGAUUGCAUUGCACCAGGAACUAUAUCCACCUGCACUUAUUUGUGUCUUUCAUGCUGAGAGCUGCAAGCAUCUUUGUCAAGGACAGAGUGGUCCAUGCUCACAUAGGGGUGAAGGAGCUGCAGUCCCUGAUGAUGCAGGAUGACCUACAGAAUUUCAUAGAUGCUCCUUCUAUGGACAAAUCGCAAUAUAUUGGGUGCAAGAUUGCUGUUGUGAUGUUUAUUUACUUCUUGGCUACAAACUACUAUUGGAUCUUGGUGGAAGGUCUCUACCUGCAUAGUCUAAUCUUUGUGGCUUUCUUUUCCGACACCAAAUACCUGUGGGGCUUCACCUUGAUAGGCUGGGGGUUCCCAGUGGUGUUUGUUGCAGCCUGGGCCGUGGCACGGGCAACUCUGGCUGAUGCAAGGUGCUGGGAACUUAGUGCUGGAGACAUCAAGUGGAUUUAUCAAGCCCCAAUCUUAGCAGCUAUUGGGCUGAAUUUUAUUCUGUUUCUGAAUACGGUUAGAGUCCUGGCCACCAAAAUUUGGGAGACCAAUGCGGUUGGGCAUGACACAAGAAAGCAAUACAGGAAACUCGCCAAAUCCACGCUGGUCCUGGUGCUGGUCUUUGGAGUGCAUUACAUCGUGUUCGUGUGCCUGCCCCACUCCUUCUCGGGGCUUGGGUGGGAGAUCCGGAUGCACUGUGAGCUCUUCUUCAAUUCCUUUCAGGGUUUCUUCGUGUCCAUCAUCUACUGCUACUGCAAUGGAGAGGUUCAGGCUGAGGUGAAGAAGCUGUGGAGCCGGUGGAAUUUCUCCAUCGACUGGAAGAGGACGCCCCCAUGUGGCGGCCACAGAUACGGCUCCGUGCUCACCACCAUGACGCACAGCACCAGCAGCCAGUCGCAGAUGGCCACCAGCACUCGAAUGGUGCUCAUCUCCAGCAAAGUCACCAGGACCGCCAGCCGACAGCCUGAAAGCCAUGUGACUUUACCUGGCUAUGUCUGGAGUAACUCUGAGCAGGACUGCCUGCCACACUUGAUCCAGCAGGAGACCAAGGAAGGCAACAUGUGGCAGGGAGAUGAAACUCUAAUGGAGGUAUCUUCCAGACCAUUGGAAUGCACCUCAGGCCCUGAAGGAAGCAAAGGAGAAGCAGAGGAUGUUCUCUGAAUCAACAUCUGUGGCUCGAAAGAGCUGGCCCAUCUGAUUGUCCAAGAGCUGAUAGUCCAAGAGAUCGGCUGUCAUUCAUCUCCUUGAGCUCCAGAGCUGAAAAUUCAGGGGUGAAGUGGUAUUUUACAAACGUUUCAGGCUCCAUGAAUUGGCUCCUAUAAACACUAAAGAUACAAAAGGAGAGGUGUCAGUGGUGGACUUUGUUACCUUAUUUUGGCAUCAGAUUCUCCUUUAAAUUGAUGUGUGGCACUUGCUCUGUGAUUGUUUAUUUUUCUGCUACUUUUGGGUAGAACACAUUUUAAUUGCUUGGCUUGAAUUUUGCUUAUGUAUACACCACUCUAAGUAUGAUAGAGAUCAUUUGUAUGUGUCAGUUUCCUUUUAGGAAAUCAGUAUUCUCUUUUCUUCUUUCCGACUUGAAUAUACUCCUAUCCCCGCACUCAUUAUGUCUGGGUGUAAGAGCGAUCAGGGUCUGGAAAUGUACGGUCAGAUAUCGAGGGUUAAGAACAAGUGUACACCGGCAAGUGAGUGAGCUGGACUUCGGUAAGAUAGUACACUGAUGACAGCUAGACUUGUUUCUUUCCAGGAAUAAGGAAAAUUACUGUAAAAAGAAUACUGCACGUAUUUCUCCUUCUGAAUGUCCCCCCACUCCAUGACCAGCCAUAUCUCAGGUCUUCAGUGGUUUGUACACUUUGACCUGUUAUAACGUUUUUCUGUCAGUGAGCUUGUGUCUGCAGACUAAUCUUAUCUGUAAUCAUUUAUGUUUAGUAUAAAUCACUUGUAUUGAUCGUAAAUCACACUGCACCUAUGCUUUUUGCUUCUUUGUUCUAUUACUGUAUUCCAAAUGGCAUGUGGGAUAAAUUAAAAGUUUGUUUUAAAAAUACAUUUUGGGUCACUUUU